UGUCCUUGCUGUCUUCGAUCAUCACAGUCAGUGGUCACUGCCACUAUGUUGCCACAAGAGCUUGUAGAUCUGAUCAUUGACAACCUUCACGGAGAUAUACCCUCAUUACAAUCCUGCGCGCUCACUUCCAGAGCUUUUCUACCUUCGAGUCAGAAAGCCAUUUUUUCUUGCGUCCAUGUCUCUUCCAGUCCUCCAUCUUCGCUCCGUGGGCAUUCCUUCGACAAUUUACAUGCUCUACUGUCAGCCUCCCCGCAUAUUGCUCCCCUCAUCACCUCCUUCGAACUAAGCCUUCAUUAUGACAGCACAGAAAGCGAAUUCGAGAAGAUUCCUCUGUUUCUGCCUCUCUUAUGCAACGUCCAUCGAUUUUUCCUUCUCUCAGCGACCAAUUUGAUAUUUAGUUGGAAUGGGUCCCUCCCGGUUCGCGUUCAAGAUUCUCUCGUCGCGUUCUGGCAUACUUCCAAGAUCAUCGACCUCCAAAUAGAGGCGAUGGGGCAUAUGGCAUUCGAUGGAGACAGUCGUCUGAGAAUGGAUAGAUGGGGCUCAUUAAAGCAUUUGUCUAUUCUUUGGUCCACCCCCGAGCGACUUUGGGAGAGGAAUGACUUGGACCCUGCCCCCCUUUGUUCGCCACGGUUGGAAUCUCUUACUGUUGGGCAUUUCAAUCUCGAUCCAGUCAAGAAUUCUCAGUAUGCUGGUCUUGAUAUCAGCUUCGUGCGACGAUUUUCUGCCACCCUGGGGAACGAGGACGACGUCCCUGAUGUCCAGUAUCUCUUGACUCAAUUUCGAGACACGCUUGAAUACCUUGAUUUUCAGAUAACACUCCAUUUGACUGCUAUAGAAUUUCAGGAGAGAUACAACUACUUUGACUUGUAUCUAUGUCGUAACCUACGGGUGGUGCAUAUUGGGAUUGAUACGCCUCAAGAUCUUUUCCCCUUCGCGCGCCUGAGCCCUUCCGUGCAGGAGAUUACUGUCGAAGUAUCUUUCAAAUCGCAGAUGUACUCAGAAAGUUGCUGCAAGUGGUCCGUGAUAGAUUCUUCCAUUGGGGAGCAGGAUCUACCCUCGCUGCUCUCGGUCAAACUGGACAUCCACGUUUCCAGAAACUCAAGUUGUAGCCUUACCAUCUGCAACUGUGGUGCUGAUGAUAGUGUUGACGUCUGGGAGGUAACACGAAAUAUGCCAAUUUUACACAGCAAAGGAAUUUUGAAAGUCGAUAGGAAGCCUAAACGCACGGUUUGGGGUACUAUAUAUUCCUAGUACGAAUAAUUCUGUGUCAUGUCAUAGAGCCAAGCAAGU